AUGGACGAUGAGGGGGAAACAACUGAGGAGGACUCAACGGGCAAUAAACAGGAGAUGAAGCCAGAGGAGCAACAAGUUAUAUCAUCACCAACAUCAUUAUUAUCGUCUCAAAAUUCAAUAAAAAAGGUAACAGAAAAUAUCGAUUUAGAAAAUAUCGAAAUUGGAGAUGGAAAUAUUGAAAUGAAAAAAAUUGAUUCAAUAAAGAAAAAAGACGGAGACGAGUCAAUAAUUAUCAUGAAACAUGACGUGACGAAAAUGAAUAUUCCACCUCCUCAUUUUCCACGAAGCUCGUGUAAAUCACGUAAUCGUGAUUCAAGACGUUGUCAAAAGCAUUUUCGGGAAAUGAUCGAAUUGCAUUCGAUCAAGAAUGAGAAAUUAGAGGAGAGAGAGGGAAAUUUACGACAGCGUCUUGAGAUUCUCGAGUGUUCAAUGCCGGCGGUAAUGAUUUGGAAUAUUUGGCGAAUGUCACAAAACGCUGAAAUUCCAAAUAUGAAACAAUUAAUUGCAAAGCAAUUUGAAAAUUUACACACUAAAUGUCCAAAAACAACGAACAGUCAACAUUAUGAUUGUCGUGUACGUCAAAUUGAGGCGGAGAGAAAAUGUGCCCAACGUCGAAUUAAUGAAGCUCGUGCUCUUUGGUCCGAGAAAGAAUUUGCUUUAGGCGAACAAAAACGAAAACUCGAGGAAGCCAAGAAAACACAGGAUGAACACAGAGAACGAAUUGAAAAACUUAAAGCCGAAGUACAAGAAUUAAGGGUGCAGAAGGCACGGGAAAAAGAUGCUGAUGGCGAUUCAUGUCAAACUGGUGAAUGUGGAGAAAUAAAAUGCAAACAAUGGCUUGGCAAUGUUUCGAGCACAACUUCGGUAAAAUCAACAGACUUGGAGUGCUUGACGAGAAUUCAAGACCUCGCCGAGGCAGAACUUUGCAUGAAGCGAAAUAUCUCCGAACUGGAACGACGAGAGGAGGCGUAUAUGAGAACACUGCAACAGGCUGACGAACUAUGGUCAAAGAUGGAGACCGAUGUUGCAACUACGACGAGUACUUUGCAAGAGCAAUUGCAACUCAAAGCAUCAGCCAAUCAGCAAUUAGCCAAUAGAGUUUGUUGUCUAGAGGACACUAUUGAGAGACUCAACAAAAAAUUAGCAAACUGCAAUCAAAUUUUAAAAAAAGAACAAAUUCAGCGUAGGGAUAAAAUUGUCGGCGAGGACAAUUGUAAUGCUGAUGUUGAGAGUAAAUUUUCACUCGCAAGAAUAAGUACCUGCGAUCAGUAUACUUCAUCCAGGGAAUUGCAACAAUCGAAAACGAAUUGCAACAAAGGACAGAGCACAAGGAAAAUAGGCACUUCGUCGAAAAUCAGUGGAAUCACUUGUCGCGACGAAAUGUUGGAUAAAUGUUUGUCAUCAAGGAAAAUUAACCAACGGGAUCAAACGACUCUAGACAAAUGUAAAUCUCUGAGGGAUAUUGCUACAGAUUGUAGGGGCGAGAGACUAGAAAGAUCCGUAUCGACAAGAAAAAUUGAUACGAGCAGUAAGGAUCAAAUGACAAUGCAGAAAUCAUCAUCGAAAAAAAUCGGAACUUCUAGGGAUAAGUUGACAAAAUGUACAUCUGUAAAUACAAUGACAAGAUGUGCUUCUGCAAAUACAAUGACAAAGUGUUCUUCUGCAAAUGCAGUGACAAAAUGUGCUUCGGCGAGUACAAUGAAAAAAUGUGCUUCUGCAACUACAAUGACAAAAUGUCCAUCUGCAAAUAAGAUGGCAAAAUGUACAUCUACAAAUAAAAUGUCAGACUGUACAUCCGUAAAUAAGAAGACAUCAUCGAAAGAAAUUCCCUUUUCCUGUAGAGAUGAAAGACUACCCAAAUGCGUAUCAGUAAAAAAGGUCAACAUAGCAAGUAAGGACCAAGUAAAAGAUCGAGAUGAGGACCAAGAUUACCACUCGUUCGACACAUCCGAUUCUGAAGGUGAACCAUGUGCUGCCGAUUUUAUCUGCAAUGAUCAAGUUUUCUCACCAACUGGUAUCGAUGACGACGACGAUGAUGAGUUCCAAUCUACGACUUCUGAAAUGAUACUAAAAGAUGAUAAGGAAGAUAAAAAAAAUAAGAAAGAUGAUAAAGCAAAUGAUGAUCUAAACAGAACACUAGUUGCCAAAGAAUCUUUUACUCAACUAUCAAAACCAGUUCCAAAGGAUGAAGAUCAAAUACCUUUAGAGGUGAUUUGCACAGGAGGAAUCAAUAAAACAGAUGAAACAAAUAUUGAAUCAGUCGAACAAAUUUCGAACAUUCAAGAAUCAGAGGAUGGAGAAUCGAAAAAAGUUCCUCGAGCAGAAGAAAGAAAAACGGAUCAGAAACUAAAACAUGAUGACGUUGCAGUACCAAAAGCAGAACUAAAAUCAUGGCUACAGAGUACAGCCGAUUUUGAGAAAGCAAUAGCGAACUGCUCAAAAUGCUCUCCAAAUGCUAAUGACGUUAAGAAACUAGCCAAUUCAAUUAGAACUUAUCUGCAGAUACCAUUAGAAGAUGUAACAGAAUAUGAAAGAAUAAAAACAGUGGAAAUACUUUCAGAAACGCUAAAUAUGCAAAAGACUGCUGAAAACAUUGAGGAAAAUUUGAAACACACUGAAGAACAACAAUCGAACAAGGAACCAAAAUUAGCAGAAGAAACUGAACCUGAUAAAGAAAUAGAAAUAUCAGAAGAACCUCUAACAAUAAUUUAUGAUAAAAAAUUUAGAAUUUCGAAUGGAAAAUUAGAAGAAACGGUAGAAAACAUUGAAAACGAAGAGAAGUUAUCGAAAGAAAUCGAAAAGUCAGAAAAAAUCGCACUUGAUGAAGAAAUUAAGGAAGAUAUAGAAGAGGUUUAUGAUCAGAAAUCUCAAAAAUCGGACAAUGAAAAUGAGACACAGAAAAAAGUGGAACAGAGUGUAAAAGAUACUUCACCUACCGAGAAAUUAGAGGAACCAUUAGCAAAAAUCGAUUCUCUCUCAGCAUUAAGAAAUUCAGUGGAAAAAAUUGAAAAAAAAGAUGUGGAAUAUCAUCAACAAUUAGUAACAGAUGAGGAAAAAACAGAAAGGACUAAUGAUAAAACUGAAUUAUUUAGUGAUGGAGAAAAAGAAACUGAUCGCAAAAAAGAAAAAGAGGAGAAUUUAGUUUCAACUGAUAAAUCAUUACAUGAUGAGGAAGAAGAAAUGGAACAUUCAAGUAAAGAUAAAGAAGUUUUAUCAGAGAGCAUCGAAAAUGAAGAUAAAUUGUCAAAUGCAGGUGAAAAUGAUGAGUUCACUGAAAAACCAAUAAUCCCGGAUGAGAAAGAUAAAGAGGAAGAGAAAGAAGAAGAAGAAAAUGAAGAAAAAGAGAAAAAAGAAGACGAAAAAGAACAGGAAGAAAAAAUUGAGGAAGAACCGAAAAAAGCGAUUACUAGAGAAAAAUCACAAAUCAUGACAGAAUCCGGUCCAUCGAUACCUGAAGAAGCAAAACUGGUAAUUGUCAAAGGAGCAGUAACGUCAUCCACAGGAAUUAUUGUGGAAAAGCCAGUAAAAGAGGAUUUAGAGAAGGAACUUUCUCUCCAAACUCAAAAGAUCGGAUCAGAAGAAAAUGCUUUUAAAAAAAUUGCUAAAACUGACUCGGAUUGCAUUUGUAAACCAGAGCAACUUUAA